AUGCCGCGCUACGAACUCGCCCUUAUCCUGAAGGCGAUGCAGAGACCAGAGACAGCAGCGGCUCUCCGGCGGACCGUGGAGACUUUAAUGGAGCAGGGCGCUGUGGUUAGAGACAUGGAGAAUCUAGGAGAGAGACUCUUGCCUUAUGCGAUGAACAAACACAACCAGAGACACCGCCGAGGAUCAUACUUUUUGAUCGACUUCUACGCAUCUCCCAGCAUCCUCACGGGCCUUUUCGAUCACUUACAUCGUGAUGUGGACGUGGUGAGACCUACAGUGCUGAAGAAGGAUACGGAGAAGUCCAAACAAACAUGUUGCGGCCCCAAUCAAUAA